AUGCAGCAGAGUAAUCCUGGGGCUUGGUUCUCGAGAAACGCUGACACAUCGACAAAAAACUGGAAAAUCUCGUACCACCAGCCCUUCGGUGGAACCCUGUGCCCCACAUCCAAAGACGUUUGCGUUGUAAACAACGACAUCAAAGACUCAUCGAUACGUAGAGACGUAUACUCAAUUUGGAGAGACAUCAACGAGGUCUACUGGUGUACUUGA